AUGUCAAAUCCAUUGAAGGAAUCAGUAGACGGUAACUUAGACUCUGUUCGUCAUAUGAGGGAAGAUAACGAGUAUGUUCGGCUAGUUGUGGCUCAUGAAGCUGCUGCUGCUGAAUCCGUGUUGACCGUAUCUCAAUCGGAAGCUCGGAGUAAGAGAUUGAUGUGGUGGUUGAAAGUUUUGGGACUAUCUGCAUUUGCUCUCUUGCUUACGCUUGUUUUCGCCAAAUGGGGAGUUCCGUUUGUAUUCGAAAAGGUUCUUAUUCCGAUUUUGCAAUGGGAAGCAACUGCGUUUGGUCGUCCUACGCUCGCGAUUGUUCUUGUUGUUUCCUUGGCUUUGUUCCCUGUAUUCUUGAUACCUUCUGGUCCUUCCAUGUGGUUAGCUGGGAUGAUUUUUGGUUAUGGUCUUGGUUUUGUUAUAAUCAUGGUUGGAACCACUGUUGGUAUGGUUCUUCCUUACCUUAUCGGGCUAAUGUUCCGUGAUCGCCUCCAUGAAUGGUUAAAAAGGUGGCCUCGUCAAGCUGCUGUUCUUCGACUAGCUGCAGAAGGAAGCUGGUUCCAUCAAUUCAGAGUCGUGGCAAUCUUUCGUGUUUCCCCAUUUCCUUACACGAUUUUUAACUACGCAAUUGUUGUGACAAGCAUGAGGUUCUGGCCUUACUUCUUCGGUUCCAUAACAGGAAUGGUACCAGAAGCUUUCAUCUACAUUUACAGUGGUCGGUUGAUCAGAACAUUCGCGGAUGUGCAAUAUGGACAUCAACGUUUGACAACAGUAGAGAUCGUCUACAACGUAAUCUCCUUAAUCAUUGCGGUAGUGACCACAAUAGCUUUCACUGUCUACGCGAAAAGAGCAUUGAGAGAGCUUCAAAACGCAGAAGCUAACGAAGAUGAAGAAUCUCAGGGUAAAAGAGAUAUAACCCUUUUUGGAAGAGAAGGAUUGAAACUCUCUCUUCCUGUGGUUCACACUAGGGGUGGAAUUAUUAUCCGAGAUCCAAGAUCUAAUCCGGCGUAUUCCGGCGAAGAUAAGACGGAGAAGCUUAAGCUCUACUCUUACUGGAGAAGCACGUGCGGCCAUCGAGUGCGACUAGCACUUAGUUUAAAAGGGAUUGAAUAUGUGUAUAUACCAGUGAAUUUACUCAAGGGAGAACAAUUUGAUCCAGAUUUCAUGAAGAUCAAUCCAAUGGGUACUGUUCCUGCGCUUGUGGAUGGAAAUGUCGUGAUCACUGAUUCUUUUGCCAUUAUAAUGUAUCUUGAUGAGAAGUAUCCUGAGCCACCUUUGUUACCUCGUGACCUCCAUAAACGAGCUUUAAAUUACCAGGCUGCGAGUAUUAUCUCAUCUAGCAUACAGCCUCAUCAAAAUCUAGCUGUUAUUAAGUAUAUCGAGGAAAAAACAAAUGCGGAAGAGAAAAUUGCUUGGGUUAAUAACGCUAUCAAAAAAGGAUAUACAGCUUUGGAGAAAUUGUUGGUGAAUUGCACUGGAAAAUAUGCGACUGGUGAUGAAGUUUACUUGGCUGAUCUUUUUCUAGUGGCACAAAUCCACGGAGCAAUGAUCAAAUUCAAGAUUGAUGUGGAAUCGUACCCGACUCUUGCAAAGUGUUACACGUCAUACAACGAACUGUCUGUGUUUCAAGAUGCAAUCCCAGCUAAGCAGCCAGAUGGUCCAACUCCAACCAUCUGA